GACGGUCGUGGUCUACUGAGAUAGUGGUGUGGAUAGCGUCGAGCUGUCAGAAUUUGUCAGAUUGUGAAGCUGGCGAUGAUCGAUUCCUAAGCCGGAUUUGCAAUUUGUCGGUUAUCCCAUGAAAUUGCGGUAUUCCUCGGAGUAUUUUAGCUCAUGUAUUGUUACUCUGGGUGAACAUCACUGUUAUCAACAUUUCACCAUAAUCUGAAUGGGGAUAUCCGUAAAUCCGCAUAAGAUGGGACACUUUUGGUCAAUUGGUUUGAUAAUUUUCGUGCUGACUGUGGUUCUCUUGACUGUCAAGCAGUUCUUUUGGCAUGGCCGGCAAAAGCAAAUCAGAAACAAACAUGUCGUGGUUACCGGAGGCUCGAGCGGCAUUGGAAAAUGUGUUGCAAUAGACGCAGCUCGUCGAGGAGCGCACGUCACGAUAAUAGCAAGAGACCUGAAAAAAUUGGAGGCAGCAAAGCACGAAAUAUUGCAGGCUUGCAAACACAAAGAUGUGCAGAAGGUGGAGUGCGUGUCCCUAGACAUCGGAAGCAAUUAUGAGAAUGUAGAGAAAACUUUCAACAACAUCGAGCGAACCAUUGGUCCAAUCUACAUGUUGAUAAACUGUGCAGGCACAGCUAUCUGCGGAAAAAUCGAAGACACUACAAUUGACAAUCUAAAACACAUGGUUAAUCUCAAUUUCAUGGGAACAUACUAUUGUAUUAAAGCUGUAAUAUCGCGUAUGAAGAGUGCCAAUGAAGGAAUCAUAGUGCUGACAUCGUCACAAGCUGGUCUCUUGGGUAUCUUUGGUUUCUCAGCUUAUGGGAGCACAAAGUUUGCCAUUCGAGGCUUGGCAGAAAGCCUGGCAAUGGAAGUGGCACCCCAUAAUAUUUCGGUGACGCUAUCCCUCCCUCCAGAUACUGACACUCCCGGAUUUUCAAUUGAGGAACAAAAUAAGCCCUUAGAAACUAAGUUAAUAUCCGCAGGAUCGGGGCUUUUCACACCAGAAGUCGUUGCUGAACAACUGAUGAAGGAUUCUUUGAGUGGAAAAUUUUUCUCAACGGUUGGCCUAGACGGUUUUAUCUUGGUUACACUCUGCGCAGGGAUGUCCCCAUUCUCUUCAAUCUGCGAAUUAUUGCUGCAAUCAUUACUGGCAGGAAUACUGAGACUAGUUGGAGCCUGCUACCUUGUUUCAUUCCAAAAAAUUAUCUUAGACUGUAUGAAGAAUCGUGACAAAAACAAAAAAUCUGAAUAAAUGUAUUAUGUAGCCAUUCAAAAUGAACUCUUGGUUCUGUUUUUCUCUUGAUUCUACUACGCAUAAUUAAUACCGAAAUAUUUUUUAAUGCCUUCUCGUUACAAAUGAAUCGGUAUUUAUUUUGAACAAUAAAGCGAAACUGUAUUAAUUUUAUAUUAUAUACUCAUAC